GAGGCCCGGAAGCAGGCAAUUUGCUGGCCGCGGCGGCCGCAGUUGCGCGAGACAACCUGCCCGGAGUACCUUCUUCUUGAUAUCGGGUCCAGCCUCUUCUCCGUCUCGAUAUCCGACUACUCGUCCGAGUGUCACUUUCCAUCGACGUUCAACUCAACCAUCAUUUUCUUCUCCAGUGUUCGAUCAAGACCGUAUGGUGACCAUUCGGUUCAGUGAAAUUCCUCAAAGUUGGAAAAUAAUGCUCUGUAUUCGAUUUCUUAGAGCCUUUUCAAACAUUAAGAUUGCCAGAUGAACCAAGAAGAACUGGUGGAAAAUUUACAAAGAGCCCGCAAGUGGUGAAAAAGAAAAUUUCAAGAUUUGAAAAUUUUAGAAAAGAUGCUGAAUUGGAAAAAUAUCCGAACGGAUGGAACGAAUUCGUUAUCGUUCCCAAGUACAUAUCACGAUAUUGUAUAAUUUUAAUAAUACGUUGGAAUAUUGAAGAUAAAUAAUCAAAGGAUAGAGGAGAAAUAAUUAUUGAACGAACCGAUAACAACUAACAGGACAAGGAAAUCGUGUACUCGGAGACCGCCGGAGGUGCACCGUGAUUAUGUGAACAGUUUUGUGAACGUGAUUAAAUUGACCUCGAUACAUUGUGAACAUCCGCGCGUCCAUUUCGAGCUGUUUGCUUUGUUUCGAGAUGAAACGAUGAUGCUAGAAGACAGCGGGGAUUUCUGAACCUUUAUUUUAUUUCAACGAUCUAUCGAUGGUUAACGUGGACGGUGUGCAGAUCGCGUUUUAUCGUGGACAUCGUCGCAGCGACAGCAGGGGUUCUUUGGUGAUGUACGACAGCGCUAGCUGUUCGUACGCAGGUGCGCUCGAAUUAAAGGGAGCCUCCGGGGCAGGAGCCGCGGCCGCGGCCGCAGGUGUAACCGCGGCCGGCGUUAAGCAGGAGAAUUGGCCGUAUCGCGGUCUUACCUGCGGCAGCACCUUUCAAAGAUUAAAAGAAAGCGUCGACAAAGCUAAACAAGCCCUCGCCGAUCGAGGUGGAUAUCUAUCCGGUGCUUUCUCACCGCCGCCACGUGCCAAUCCAUCCGCCAUUUCGCCGACCGCCUCCAUCACCGAUGCCAGCAGCUCGUACAAAGGAGGCUGGAGCCACGCCACGUCACCAGCCCCUGGACAGGGAUACGGAAGCAGCUUAUCCAAGUCAGCAUUGGACACGCACACCCACCUCAGGCAGCCUGAUCCCUACCAAAUGUUUGGAGCGACGAGCAGCCGUCUGGCGAGCUCCGGUUCCGGUCAGAUUCAACUGUGGCAAUUCUUACUCGAGCUACUGUCAGAUUCGAGUAACGCAGCGUGUAUUACGUGGGAAGGAACAAACGGCGAAUUCAAGUUGACUGACCCUGACGAGGUGGCGAGACGUUGGGGCGAAAGGAAGUCCAAGCCUAACAUGAAUUACGACAAAUUGUCGAGGGCUUUGAGGUACUACUACGACAAGAACAUCAUGACGAAGGUCCACGGCAAGAGGUACGCGUACAAAUUCGACUUCCAGGGUCUGGCAGCGGCGACUCAACCAGCAGCCGCGGACCCAGCCGCGUACAAAUACCAGAGCGAGUUGUUCAUGUCCGGUUACGGGCACGCUAAAUUGAACCUCAUGCCACCACCGGCCGCCUCGGUGUCGGUCUCCGUUCCAGGAGGACUGUUCCAAUCAGCCUCCAGCUACUGGUCCACGAGUCCAGGUGCCAACCUGUACGCGGGACACCACACGGCCUCAGGCCAUGUGCCGCCUCAUCUGGGCACCUAUCCCCAUUACGCAUGACCCACCGCCGAACACUGGGGCGCCCUGGGUACGCCACGUUAAAACUUUCUACCAAGAGAAUUCAAAGACCGUCGCCAUCGCGGUCAACCUGUGCCGUCGGCCUGUGUAUCCCAACAAUGAUCGUAUUUCGGAAUGGGAUCGUUCAUGGCUCGUUCGAUGGGUGUCGUUGAUCGAGUGUCCUCUGUUAUACUAAAAAAAGAUUUUCUUUUUUACAAUUUCUUUAUCUUUUAACUGUUGAAUUUUAUUAAAUUUCUGAUACCUGUCACCGGUGCUCCUCGUAGCAUUCAAUGCGUCAAGGAUUGAUUUUCUCAUUUCAAAUGUUCAAUGUAAUUUUCAUUUCGGUGAGCUUCAUUGAUAGUCGACGUGCAGAUUAGACCUGGAUAAAUAAACAGUGACACUAUGAAUUGAUUGUCAUCUACUAAACUUGCAGAAGGAACAAGUUUCAAAGCGCAGGUGGACAGAUUAAACGACAGAACCGAUCAACGCAAGCAUCCUUCCUGUCGCGAUCAUUCGAUCCACUUCCUUGGCAGCAAGUUGACCAACGUGGAUCGACUGUUCCAGAUGCAUCCGUUCAUGGCCGACGGUACGCUCGAAUUAUUGUAAGAACGUUGUACAUACAAUAUAAUGGAUUACGUAAGUACAGGGUACGUUCGCAAGACUAUUCUCGUCAAUCGUUUUAUCUCUUCGGCGUUUGAAACGAAUAUCAGUUAGAAACUAUACAUGAAUUACUUUACGCAAACGGAAAGAGUCUGUCAAAAAUUCACGAACCUUGAUUUUCUAUUCGUUUCUGAUCCAUUGCAAGAGAAAAUAAAUCGUGUGUCGAGAAUUAUCCUGUCCGAGAAGACGUCGCCUUGUACACUAAUAACAAACCGGCGUACUUCCGCUGAGGAACGUCGGCAUUUCCGACUGGAUGGAAUCGAACAUGCUGCUCAUUUUGACGCGUAGACAACUCUUUUUUUUUUUAUCGUUCGAUCGAUCUAAUCAAACAUGACAAUUAAUUGAACUCCAAAAAAGCAAGAAGAACGUUCCGUUGAUAAAAAUGUGUCCAUGUUCGAUUCGGGCCAAGAGUAAUGCGUGUAUUAUAAACUCUUUUAACUUAUUUGUUACAUAACGAAGUGUAGAUAGAGAAACCGCAUGUCGUCGUUCGUGAAAAUCAUCGCGAGACACGCUGCUCGUAGUUGGCGCACAUUCAAAGGACACACUACGGUUCUCAUACGUUCUCUAUGCCACGCGCAACAAUUUUACAACGAAGUUCGCGCUAACGUGUUUCAGUGUUACUCGGGACUGUGUGUAUGCGUGUGUGAAUUAACACCUUAUCAAUCGACAGUUGAAAAGCACUUAACAAACUCCUGAUUCGCUUCUGACUCGAUGAAAAUAAUAAAAUUAAGAAAAUCUUACUUUUAUUUAUAUAAAGGUAGAUAAGGUGUUAACCGCGAGCGACCAACGAAAUUUCUACGUUGAUUAGAAUUCAACCAGGAAGUUUCAUUUUCUCUUCAUCUUGCCCCCUCUUUUUUAAGAAUUCUUCAUUUCGUCGAGUUCGUAUCUAGUACCUGGUAAGAGAAGCAACAGUAAAGUGGCACAGUAUAAACAAAAAGAGAAAAUUGAUUGAAACAGAAUGCAAACCUGGAUCGAGCCGCGCGUGUCCGUCGGUCCAUGGCGAGGCUACAUUGAUAAAGUACAACAAGUCGAGUCAUAUCAAAAAUCCCGAGCCGCGUUCACCGUCGUUUCUCACCGACCAUAGCCAAGAGAUGCGGUCGCUCUAUCUAUGUACAAAUGCAAGGGGUAGGUCUCCAGGAAUCCCUGGGAACCGCAACGGUGGAUCGAGAGCAGACGGCGAUCCAUCGGGCACUGAUCCGACGGCGACCUACCCCGUUGGAAAGGUGUACCUCUGUCGAAGAAGCAAGUUAUUUCUUAAGUCGUAUACUGUAUCAUACCAUUCGUAAGCAUCCCUAGAAUUACUCUAACAAUUUAGUAUACCAACCGUCGGCCGUUCCAUGGGGUACACCGUAACGAUGGUUCUCCAAGAUGUUGCUCUCCAACGAGAUGGCUUCAUGGAACGUCGACGGGCUCUAAUGUAGAUAGGGUGUUUUCAUGUGUAGCGUAGGCGUGUAGGGAUUAUAGUCUUAGCGCGAGGAUGUAUUUCAACGUGUGAUUCCGUGUGCCUGCCUGUGCAAAAGAGUAACGUGAGAUUGAGAAAAAUAGAACGUACAAAGAGACAGAAAAUUUGGAACGAGUGUAGCGUGCAUGGCAGAGGCGUGAUUCUUAAACUGGAAUACAGAACGAUGAUCGUAACGAUGACGAAGCUGAGGAUGAUGGAUGAGAGGGUGGACGAGGGGUGUCUGGCUCUAGCAUAGACCGCGUAGGCUAGGUAGAUAAGCGACCCCUUCGAACUGCGAGAGAUGGCGAAGACCUUGAUCGAAAGAUGCGGGUUGUUUCCUUUCUGCGCGAAGAAAUUGAAGAUGAUGGAAAACGAACGAAGAGCAAGCAAGAUGGCGAAGAGGCCGAGCAGAAGAGUGCGGUGGGUGGGAAGGGGCGCUGUUGUUGUUCUUGUUGUCGUGCGCUUGUAUUAAAGUCGCCAUGUUCUAAUUAAACGUGCCGACGGGGUUGUAUCAGUCGUCGGCAAAAUCAA